AAUCAAUAAAACCAUUCGCAACUGUGAAAAUUCUGAAUUUUAUGAUUUUUUUUAAACUCUUGUAUUGUUGACCUAACUGUAAUUAAAAUAACUCAAUCGCAUCAUCGUUCAAGGUCUGUCCAGCGUCAUCAAUGGAUAUAGUUUGUGUUGUGACAUUUUUAAAGAAUUUAAUGCAUUUAGUGUAGUUGCUAAUUUUUAAAGUUGAAUUGCAAAAAUAAAUCAAUAGAAAAAAUCCGCCCCAAAAAUGUUCAAUUUUAUGGGCAAAAAGGAAAAGAAGUCCCGUAAGGGUACUUCAAGUACUGGUGGUGAAGAACUUGAGACCAUAGAUAAAUUGGAGGAGGUUCGAAGAAGUUUAAAGAUUCGUUCUGGUAGAAGAAAGGAGAAAGUAAAACUCCCGUCUGGAAUUACUGCUGAUUAUAGUUCAGCAUUUUUCGCUCAGCUUGAUGUAGAUCGUGGAAGCGAAUUAGAUCGUGGGAAUGAUGAAGUUAUAACAAGUAAUACAACAACAAUUAUUGACCUCAACAAUGGUGACGUUUAUGAACGUCAACACCAGCAUAUUAACACCAGCUCUAUGGUCUCAGCGACAUUUAUUUCACAUUCCGAUAACAGUUCUGAAAAUUCUAUAAAUCUACCACCAUCUUCUCGACCACCUAAUCUUCCACCAGUUCCUCCUCGCAUACCAAAACGAGGAAUAUUAAAAGGUUCCAAAACAAGUUUACUUAACAUCAAUGAUUCUGAUUCACGAGCUGUGCUUAUGCGAAACACAUUGCAAAACGAACGGAUGGGUGAUGAGGUGACCAUCAACAAUCAAUUAUCGCCCAACCAUAAUAUGGGUCAGCAAUAUCUAAAUAUAAUGACAACACCAUCACCAUCUGCUGAAAGUCUUACCGAUACAACAAAUUCAUCAUUUGCCACACCACCAUUCUCGUUGAGUCCCGUUGGUGAAGCGCAAGGUCUUUACAGUUGGUCGAGAAUUCAAAAAUUUGACGAUGUCAGUCUUCCGUUGCCGGCGAUUAAGUUAGUGCAACUUCCACCACCAAGGGAAUUGAUUAUAACACGCCGUAAAACGCCGACUCAUGAUUUUGGAUUUAGCCUGAGAAAAGCAAUUGUACUCGAUCGUUCUGAAUCGUUGUUUAUUCCAAUUUCCCGUCCAGUGAUUUUUGCUGAACCAGGAACAAAUGCAGGUAAUAGUACUGGACUUUUACCAGGUGAUCGACUUAUGAAAGUGAAUAGACAACCAGUUGAAGAACUCGCACGUGAAUCAAUCAUUGAAAUGAUUAGAAAUAGUGGUGACAGUGUUAUUGUUGAAGUUCAACCUGUCGCUGAAUUAGUGGAAUUGUCACGUCGCUGCAUGCCAAAGGAAGACACAAAUCAAGACGAAAUGGAUCGAUCAACUCAGGUUUCAGAUUGUAAUACACUCCGAAGAAGUGCUAGUAAACGAUUUAAGUCGCAUUAUUGA